CUCCAAUGAUAAUAUUAAUAUCUAAUGAGAGAUUGCAUUAAUCCACGUAAAGAAAUGGCAUCAACAUCAGCGUCUCCACCAAAACCAAUCCACCAGAAUCAAACCCUUCUAUUGAAAAAAAACGAACGAUUUUUAUCACUAACUGAAAACCUUAUCCAAAUUCCAAUGACUACUAUCACACUAUUUUCCGCCCCUUGCACAAACCUCUCCUUCUCAUCUCCUCCAAAACGAUUCAGAUUCAAUCCCCAAUCUUCCGCACAACUCUCCCCCACCUCUUCCUCACCUUUGCAAAACCCCUCACUACCCAAAACCGGAGUCAUUGUCAUCGGCGCUGGCCUCGCCGGCCUUGCCGCCGCCACUCACCUGAACUCCAACAACAUCCCCUUCCUCCUCCUCGAAGCUUCAGACGCGGUCGGCGGCCGCGUCCGCACUGACAUUGUCGACGGCUUCCUCCUGGACCGCGGCUUCCAAAUCUUCAUCACCGCCUAUCCAGAAGCCCAAAAGCUCCUCGAUUACCAGUCCCUGAAUCUCCAGAAGUUCUACUCCGGAGCUCGAAUUUUCUACGAUGGUCGAUUUCACACCGUCGCCGACCCUCUCCGCCACUUCUGGGACUCCGCAAAAUCCCUCACCAAUCCGAUUGGAUCCCCCAUCGACAAGCUACUAAUCGGAUCCACCAGAAUUGGCGUCCUCUCCAAAUCCAACGAAGAAAUCUUCGCCGCAGAGGAAGUCCCCACAAUUGCUUUACUCAAGAAGCUAGGGUUUUCCGAUUCCAUCAUCGGAAGGUUCUUCCGCCCCUUCUUCGGCGGAAUCUUCUUUGAUCCAAACCUGGAAACGACUUCGCGUCUUUUCGAUUUCAUCUUCAAGUGCCUCGCUCUCGGAGACAACACCCUGCCGGCGAGAGGCAUAUCGGCUAUUCCGGAACAGCUGGCGGCGAGGUUGCCGACUGGUUCGAUCCUGCUCAACUCCAGGGCCGUUUCCGUCGACCUCGACGACUCCAAAACGCCUCUCGUGAGACUGAAAAACGGCGACGUUUUGAAGAGCGAGCUGGGAGUCAUCGUCGCGGUCGAAGAACCCGCGGCAGUUGAACUAUUAGCGGGAAGGAUUAGUCAGGUUCCUAAGAAACCGGUUCGAAGCACGGUAUGCUUGUAUUUCACCGCGAACCGGGAUCAGAUACCGGUUGAAGACCCGGUCCUAUUUCUUAACGGGUCGGGUAAGGGCAUUGUAAACAACAUGUUCUUUGCGACGAAUGUGGCUCCAUCUUACGGGCCACCCGACAAGGCCCUGGUAUCAGUGUCACUAAUUGGGUUGUUUGAGGGUGUGUCCGACGAUGAACUUGUGGGUAAGGCUAUUGAGGAGCUUUCGGGUUGGUUUGGGGGCAAAUUGGUUAGUAAGUGGAAACAUUUAAGGAGCUAUCGAAUCGGGUUUGCCCAGCCCAAUCAGUGCCCACCCACGGAUCUGAAGAAAAACCCGAGAGUUGAGUCGGGUUUGUAUGUUUGUGGUGAUUAUUUGACAUGUGCGACGUUUGAUGGUGCUUUGGUCUCUGGGAGAAGGGCAUCAGAAUCCCUGUUGAAGGAUAGAGCCCUCACCCCCUCCUCUUAAAAUUCUUCAUUUACUUAUUUCUUUUUCUUCCGUGAAUAUAAUAUGCAUGAUUCUUGUAAUUUAA